CAAAGCUGGUUUUGCCAGUUCUUAGAUGAAACCGGGAAAGAUGUAGACUAAUAGUACAUACUGCCAGAAGUCCCUGAGCUCAAGCAGGUGUUUUCCAUCUUUACGAAAAACUAGUUACGUCAGAAGCUGUCUCACCUGCUCACCCGCCCACCGGACUUAUCAACCAAUCAGCGUCGAGGACGCCGCUACCUGUCAACUCUUCGGCAGGUGACGUGCAGAUACCCCCCUCGUGCCUUCCCGUCCUCCUCACAUAUACAAGGGAAUUGCAGUCACCGCAAGCUGAGCAUGAAUUCUACCACAUAGAACUAUCUGAAUAUUAGUUUUGAUUUAUUAUAAGUUUAUUGUUAGUUAGCUUCUACACCUUGAUGGCAAAACGAACAGGACGUCAGAGGAGCCAGCUGCCACACUGUUACUAUGAAGGAUUCCUGGAGAAGAGAUCGUUCAAAGAUAAGAAAUCUCGGAAACUGUGGACCUGCCUGUGUGGAAACACACUCUUCUUCUUCAAUGAGAAGAGAGACACCAGUUACAUAGAAAAACUGGAUCUCAGUGAUUUGAUCUCAAUAACAGACGACGGCAGCGUGGAUCGUAACUUAGAUGCAGCCAGAAUGAACGUCCAGAUGAAGGAUGAAAAUAUCAAAUUCACUGCCCCAAAUGCCGAGGCUCGUGAGCUGUGGAAGGGCUUUAUUCACUCUGUGACUGAGCUGUCUGUGCCCUUCUCCCUCAACCUGCUACCAGGCCAGAUCCACAUGCUGAAAGAGACAGUAGAAAAGGAAAAAGAAAGAAAAAAAAAGAUCCCUCCACCCGCUGUCACAAGCUCCAAUCCUUACAUCACCGUCCAAGCAGACAUGCCAGCCUGUUUCCACAGCGUGUCGCGUCUGGAGGCAGAGCUGCUGCUUGAAAGAGAGGCCAAGAGAGGAAACCUGCUGCUGAGGCCUGGAAGUAGCGGAAGUUCCUUUGCUGUCACCACCAGACAGGACCUUAACGGCUCCAUAUUCAAACACUACCGCGUGACUCGAAAACACGAAGGGGGCUUCACCAUCGACGUGGACGAUCCUGUCCCCUGUGCCACGCUGCAUGAUGUGAUCAACUAUUUAGUAGAAACAACUGACAGAGUGCUGAUUCCCCUCAUCUUAGAGGAAGCAUAUGAGAAGAACAUCUCUUUCAUUCGGUCUGAUAAUGAAAAUGGAGAGAAGAGUGUUCAGGAUGCCCCGUCAUACCUUAUCCCACCAAGUUUACCUCCCAAAUUAGCUCUAAGAUCACCGACUCCUGAACCAGCGCUAGAAGCAGUUGUGGAGGAGAGUUUGUACCUGAAUGACAUGCUGGAGGAGACAGAACAAGAGAAAGAAGAUUCCUCAGUUGUUCUGCUGCCACAAACUGAUAAGAGAGCUCCAAAGAAAGCAAUAAUGCCUCCAAUUCCUGUUCCUCGCAAAUUAACCUCCUCCACAUCAAUCCCCUCCUCUGCCUCCCUUCCAAAUACAAAGAUGAGAGCCCACUUAGACCCUCUGGGGCAGACGAUAUCAGAGCUGAAAAUGAAGCUGGAAAAACAGGCAAGGUGUUUAGAGUGACCUCUCCUGGUGAUGUGUUCAAGCACCGAGCCACCUGUCUGUGCCUGCAAGAGCUGCGUUUCCACACACACCAUCAUAAACAGCCUCUGCAUCGUGGCUCUGCCCCUCCUCAUCGACUGGCUGCCAGCGGUAAAGCCUCUCUGAGGAUUAUCGCUUUAUCGAUUCAUCCUUCUCAGACACACAUUAGCAGAUUAAUUGACUGUAAAGACGGGUGUACAUGUCACAUUAUCUUCACCGUGUUUAUCUUGAAGACUUUGCACAUUCACCCCUGACGAUGUACAUUUUCCUAAUCAGAUUGUAUGAAAUUUUCAUAUCAGUGUUCUUUUUGUAUAAUUUUUAAGUGUUGUCACUUUUUUUUUUUUUUUUAAAAUUGUAUCCUUUUUGUAUAUGUAUAUAUAUUGCACACAGUGUACUUCUGCCUCUCUAUAAGCCGAUGUGAACCCUGGAUGAAAGCAAACUAAUCACAGAAAGGAUAUUAGGGUUGGCUUGUGGUUAUUGUACCAACUGGAUGUAAAUAUAGUUUUAUAUAUACAUAUAGUAUAUAGUUUUUCAGUGAAGUGAAACUCUUCAUUCUGUCACAUCAAAUCAGAAACAUGUGAACAAAAAACCUCUAGUAUGUGCCAUGCAGCAGUUGAAAAUCAAUCAGAAAUGAAUCAGUUUUAUGAUGUUUUGUAUUCUUUAUACUCCUCUUGUUCCCUCUUUCCUUUUUGAAACAGACAUCCAUGAACAUAAGCAGGUGCUCUCACUCCUUUAUUACCACAAUGACUGAUACAUUAUAGUGGAAAAAUUAAACUAUUUACAAUAAAUCGUGA